GCUAAUGUACUCAAUAACCCAGAAAUUGCCUUUUCAUGUUUGGCCCAAAAAAUCCAAUCACAGGAUCAGAUAAUCCGUUGUCUUUUCUUAGAACUUUUAAUGUUGGUAGCAUUUCCAAAAGCCGUUGGUAUUUCAAUUCCUGAGAGACCGAAGCUUUUAUUAGCUAAUAUUUCGGUUUCCAUGUUAGCGUUCAAAAAGUUAAAUCAAAAACCAAUUGAUGAGUGA